GUGCACCCGGCGCAGCGCGCGGCUGGGGGCGGGCGCCGAGCCUGAGCGGGAGGUCCAGGGGCAGCUUCGCCCGCGCGCCCUCGCUCCAGCCCUCGCCUGCAGCACCCUAGCGGAACAGCCGCCGCGACAGGGGGUCCCACUUAGCCAGCGCCCGCUCCCCGGCUCGGCCUGGGGUGGUCUCUAGGGGCGCAGUUCUGCACGUCUGCGAGGCUGGACGCAACAGGCUCCAGGAAAGGAGACAUCAGCAUUUGCCACGAUGCUGUCAGCCAGUGACUUUGCAUCUGCUUCCUGGGAGCUCGUGGUCCAUGUUGACCAUCCCGCUGUAGAGGAGCAGAAAGACAUUACGCUGAGAGUGUCUGGAGACCUGCAUGUUGGGGGAGUGAUGCUCAAGUUAGUAGAACAGAUCAACAUACCCCAGGACUGGUCAGACUUUGCUCUUUGGUGGGAACAGAAGCACUGCUGGCUUCUGAAAACCCACUGGACCCUGGACAAAUACGGGGUCCAGGCAGAUGCAAAGCUUCUCUUCACCCCUCAGCAUAAAAUGCUUCGCCUUCGCCUGCCAAACGUGAAGACCGUGAGGUUGCGAGUCAGCUUCUCGGCUGUGGUUUUCAAAGCUGUCGGUGAUAUCUGCAAAACCCUGAACAUUAGAAGAUCCGAAGAACUUUCCUUGUUAAAGCCUUCUGGUGACUAUUUUAAGAAGAAGAAGAAAAAAGACAAAAAUAAUAAGGAACCCGUAAUUGAAGAUAUUCUAAACCUGGAGUGUUCUCCAACGAUUACAGGUUCACCAGUGAGUCCUGGCUUGUACAGUAAAACCAUGACUCCUGUAUACGACCCCAUCAAUGGAACGCCAGCGUCAUCCACUAUGACUUGGUUCAGUGACAGCCCUUUGACAGAACAGAACUGCAGCAUCCUCGCGUUUAGCCAGCCUCCCCAGUCGCCAGAAGCGCUUGCCGAUAUGUACCAGCCUCGGUGUCUGGUUGAUAAAGCCAAGCUCAAUGCAGGCUGGCUGGAUUCCUCACGCUCCCUUAUGGAACAAGGCAUCCAAGAGGAUGAGCAAGUGCUGUUACGAUUUAAAUACUACACUUUCUUUGACUUGAAUCCUAAAUACGAUGCUGUCCGGAUAAACCAACUCUAUGAACAAGCCAGGUGGGCCAUUCUCUUAGAAGAAAUCGACUGCACAGAGGAAGAAAUGUUGAUCUUUGCAGCACUACAGUAUCACAUUAGCAAGCUGUCACUGUCCGCUGAAAUACAAGAUUUUACAAAUGAGUCUGAGGUCGAUGAGGUGGAAGCAGCACUUUCUAAUUUGGAAGUGACCCUAGAAGGUGGAAAAGCAGACAACACAUUGGAGGACAUUACUGAUAUCCCUAAGCUUGCAGAUAAUCUCAGAUUAUUUAGGCCCAAGAAGUUAAUGUUAAAAACAUUCAAACAAUAUUGGUUUGUCUUUAAAGACACAUCUAUAGCCUACUUUAAAAAUAAGGAACUUGAACAAGGAGAACCAGUAGAAAAACUAAAUCUUAGAGGCUGUGAAGUUGUGCCAGAUGUCAAUGUAGCAGGGAGAAAAUUUGGAAUCAAGUUACUAAUCCCUGUUGCUGAUGGUAUGAACGAAGUGUAUUUGAGAUGCGACCAUGAGAAUCAAUAUGCCCGGUGGAUGGCUGCCUGCAUCUUGGCAUCGAAGGGCAAAACCAUGGCAGACAGCUCCUACCAGCUGGAGGUCCUCAACAUCCUUUCAUUUCUGAGGAUGAAAAACAGGAACUCGGCAUCUCAGGUGGCUUCAAGUCCCGAAAACAUGGACAUGAACCCAGAAUGUUUUGUGUCACCUCGAUGUGCAAAAAAACACAAGUCUAAACAGCUGGCAGCCCGGAUCCUGGAAGCCCACCAGAACGUGGCCCAGAUGCCCCUGGUCGAAGCCAAGCUGCGGUUCAUCCAGGCGUGGCAGUCCCUACCUGAAUUCGGCCUCACCUACUACCUUGUCAGAUUUAAAGGAAGCAAGAAAGAUGACAUCCUGGGAGUCUCCUAUAAUAGGUUGAUUAGAAUCGAUGCAGCCACAGGGAUUCCAAUUACAACAUGGAGAUUCACAAACAUGAAACAGUGGAAUGUCAAUUGGGAAAUCCGGCAGCUGGCCAUCGAGUUCGACCAAAACGUCUCCAUUGCAUUCACCUGCCUGAGCGCGGACUGCAAGGUCGUGCACGAGUACAUCGGUGGCUACAUUUUCUUGUCCACCCGCUCCAAGGACCAGAAUGAAACGCUCGAUGAGGACCUGUUCCACAAAUUGACCGGCGGUCAGGAUUGAAGCGGGAAGGCCUGCUGGGCCCACACAGACGGGCAAGCCAACGGCGGUCCCCCCUAAAUGCCCGGGAUCCACGGCUCGGCCUGCCCCGUGUGUAGACUCCAGAACGACGGACAACACGCAUUCACUCAGAUCCUCGCCUCUUCCAAACACACUGCUAGCACGUCCCUUUCCUCACUUUGCCCUGUGCCAUCAGUUGUGGAAGGGGCCUCACUUGCCUUUUCCACAAAAUGGGUGGGCAGGAGAGAGGGGGGGUGCUCCAAGAUACUGGGGUCCAAAGGCCCAGGAUGUAGCUACAGGUCUGUGACUUGCAGAACCUGCCAAGUGUGUGGCUGGAAGUUGUCCUUGUGCUUAUCUGCCUCAUUGCCAAGUCAGUCGAGACGUCAGAAAGGUAAAAAUCACAUGUAGAAAGUACAAAUCUUGUUCCACAAACUCAGGUAUGAAAAGAAAUAUAUCUUUCCCUAAUUAAA